UCUAACCUGCCAUAUAAAGACGUGCAUGCAUUGUUGAGUUCAGCAGAAGGGAGACUUUGGACAGACAGCUGUUGAAGCACUUUACUUGCAAGAUGUUGAAGAUACCUCUGUGGCUGUUAGUGGGAGUGUUUUUGUGGGGGUUUGCUUCCUGCUCCAUCACAUGUCCUGACGGGAGCGUCUGUUCUGAUUUCUCCACCUGCUGUGUGACUAAGCGUGGAUACGGCUGUUGUCCUUAUCCAAAUGCUGUGUGUUGCUCUGACUUGGCCCACUGCUGCCCUUCAGGGUUUAACUGUGACGUGGUUACCCAGAUGUGUGAGAAAAACCCAUGGAUGAAAAUACCAAUGGUGAAGAAAGAGAGUGCAGAGAAACCAAGCGCUCCUGUACUACCUGUAUCCCUCCUACAGGAGCUCGAAAACCACCAUGUGCCGGACCAAAAAAAGAGCUCAGUUGUCCAUUGUGACAACUAUUACGCAUGUCCUGAUGGCACUACCUGCUGCAGACACCCAGCAGGCACCUGGUUUUGUUGUCCGUACACAUUUGGCAGGUGUUGCCUGGAUGGCUUCCACUGUUGUCCUUAUGGCUACAACUGUGACCUCACGUAUACACACUGUGUGAGGCAAGGCCUGAGAUAUCCUUUCAGCCCAAAGCAAAAUCGGCCUUCAAUCCCGGCCUCUCUCAUUUCAAAUACAGAGGACAAAAGCAGCUUGCUAGAGACACCAAUGACAGCUCUGACAGAAGCCAGUGGCAGCAACGCUGAGGCUGGAGUCAUUCGCUGUGAUCCCAAGUAUUACUGCGCAGCAGGGACAUCUUGCUGCAAAGGACCCACAGGCCGUUGGAACUGCUGUCCCUUCCCACUGGGCCAGUGUUGUUCAGAUGGUCAGCACUGCUGCGAGUAUGGAUAUAGUUGCGACGACGCCUCCAUGUCAUGCAAACAAGGGUACCUUCACAUUCCCUCAGGAGUGCAGGAACACGCCAAAACAGACUGAGGACAUGUUGUUAAAGUGUGUGUACUGUGACAGCUUUGCAUUAGUUUGGUACAGACUGUAUUUCAGAUCAAAUCGUACAAUGCAGCAUCAUCAGACCAAGGUGACUGUUAAAUGAGUGAAUAAUGUGCUUGUAACCUCAAAGAUUAUUUGUCGUAUCCAUGUUGAAUUUAACGGAAAGUUUGUAUUUCAGUGGUGUAGUAACUAUGUUGAGACUAAGUUGAAUCUGAAGAUUUCUUUAGAAAUAGACAAAUCAGGUAGAGUUGUAUGCCAAUGCCAAAUCAUUCCAUGAUCUUUCCCAAUAAAACAUUAAAUUUGAACACAAACAUGAAUUUCUUUAAAUAAAUAAAAUUAGCAAAU